AUGUCUUCUGAGGAGGAAUCGAAUCCCUACGAGCUGCUCAGCCUCACUCUCGAGGCGACUGAGCAAGAGAUCAAGACCGCCUACCGCCAGAGAUCUCUCAAGGUCCACCCCGACAGAAACCGUGGUAACCCAGACGCAGCGCGCAAGUUCCAUGAACUCCACCAAGCACAGGAGCUCCUCCUGGAUCCGCUCCGGCGCAUGGCGCUGGACGCGAAGAUGCGUCAAAAGCAGGCACGGCAGGCCCGCUUCGCCACGUACGACGCCAAACGGAAGGGACUCGUCGAAGAACUCGAGGAGCGGGAGCGGGUGCUCAAGAAGGCACGCGUCGAGAAGGAGGCAGAGAAGCGCGAGCGGUGGCGAGAGAACGAGCGAAUUAUGGAUGAGGGGCGGCGGCUGCGUGAGGAGCGGGAGAAGGCGCUGCAGCAGCGGGAGGCGGAGAGGGAGGCGGAGGAGAGGGCCGCGGACGGGCUUGAGCCACCUUCACUCGGUGUGUUGGACACCACCGUCCGCGUCAAGUAUACUCUCGCGGCAUACCCUGCGCUCACAGAGGCUUCAAGUCUGGUCCCCCUCCUUUCAUCCUUUGGCGACAUAGAUGAGUCUUCCAUCGUUCUAUCCCUCAAGCCUGCUCCCCCGAAGAAGCCCAAGCGCGUCAUUGCUCUAGUGCCGUUUAAGCAGAUUGGUGGUGCCUUUGCGGCCGUGUGCAGGAAGAAGGGGAUGGAGGGUAUUGAGAUCGAUUGGGCUGAAGGGAAGGAACCGGACCUCAUCGGUUGGUUGAAGAAGAUGGGUCAACUUCGCGACGACUUGAACACGGUACGUAUGGACUCCAAGGCUUCUGCGUCACCAGCAUCCGCAUCUCCUCCUUCUAACUCGGCGAAGUCGCCACCUGGUACGUCGAAAGACAAGUUCUCCUCGUUCCCAUCUACCUUCCCGGACCCCAAUUCAGUGCCCCCAGCGACCAACGUCCCUACUGCAGCCGGGUUGGACUACGAAUCGCUCACCCUCAUGAGGAUGCGGCAAGCCGAGCGCGCCAAACUCGAACGCGAGAUCCGCGAACGCGAGGAGGCCGAGGGAUAG